AAGCAACUUUUUAAGGUAAAUUUUUUAAUGAGAAAAUCAAAUCCAGGCUUCAUAAUUAUAAAAGAUUUUUAAAUUGUUUUUAGUUAAGCGUUAACUAAUUUUUGCUGAUCUAGUAACUUUAUAUAAAAGGAAUUUUGCAUUAGCUUUUUUUUAAGAUAGCAAUUUAAAUUAAAGUUUUCUCAAGAUUAAGUAUUUUAACUUAAUGGUAUUAUAUUAAGUUUGCAUUUUUUUGGAUAUAAUUCACAUUGAUUUCAAUAAAUUUAAAUGGCUGGCGUUAGCAUGUCAACUGCUUCUUUUCAACGAAAUGCAACAUGUUGUUGCUGCUGGGAAUUUUUUGGAGCAUCGUCAUUGUCUUUAUCUCCUGUAAAUUCAACAAUAGAAAAUUUGAUGAAGCUGUUUAUAUAUCCCGGGUAUUCCCUGGAAAUUAGCAGUUACCCAACUGUAGUUUGUUCCAGUUGUAGAAGGAAUCUUUACAUGAUCAAGUCCGGUAAUACACCCAGAGGCUCAUGGGGAGAGAAAGUAUCAAAGGUUGAAUGGAAAAUGUUGACCAGAAAUUCAAAUGGAAAACUCCCAAUUAGUGAAACCGAACCAGUUAUAUCUUUUUCUGCCAAUAAUUCAAAGCUCUGUGGACAAUGCUACUCAAUCUUAUCAGCAGGACAUGUCCACAACUGUUCUUCAUCAACUGCUGUAAAAAACUUGAUUUUUCUAUCCACAAGUCUAGGGAGCAAUCAAGCUGAACAAGUUGCUUCAGGUAUAAUACAAAAUAAAAUGAGUGCAGACUGCAUUUCAACAGGGACAACAUUUUCUUUAUCAACUGGGGGAAACCCGUUGAAUGUAACUGUUGGAUGUUCUAACAAGGUAAAUAGAAGAUUAGUAAAACAAGUAUCCUUACAAGUUAUAAAGGAACUUCAAGUCGUAUUAGAGCUUUCUAAUAAAAAGACCAAACAAUUAAUUUCUACUCUUCGGAAAGGAAUAGGGAGUAAGACUGUUGUAGAAACUAACAUUUUUGGCAAGUUAAAUGAUCUUUCGGAAUCCAUAUCACAUUUUUAUCAUGUAGAAAAGAUAGAUUUCCUUGACAAUGAAUUGGGAAUUGUUGAAAAGGAUCUUGUGUAUGUUCAAGAGUCAUCAUCUUUCACAAUGGAUUUGAUUAACCAACAUGGUUUAGACGUUCGUUCUGCAUUUGUACGAAUAUCUAUGGAUAGUGGAGGAUCCUUUUUGAAAAUUAUAAUCAAUGUUUUUGAUGUAAAUGAAAAAAAAAAGUCUUCUGUAAUGUACAUGAAUAGUGGUGUUCAACGUUGUCAAAUUCUUGCUAUUGUUGAAGAUGUUCCUGAAUCAAAUCAUAACUUAAGAAUUACAUUAGAAAAACUCAAGUUACAAGAUGUCAAUUUUUUUGUAGCAUUUGAUUUAAAGUGCGCUAAUGCUGUGUUUGGUCUAUCAGGUCAUGCAGGAAAAAGAGCAUGCCUGUGGUGUGAAGGUUUGAAAAAUGGAGAAUGUGGAAAGUUAAGAACUCUUGGAAGUCUUGAUUAUUGGUAUGAAAAAUAAAGUGUCGAAAAUAAAUUUAAAAAAUCUAACAUGCAACAAUAUAUGAAUGUGAUACAUCCAAGGAUUCUCUAUCUAGAGAAGAGUCCAGAUACUUUAAUUCAGCAUUUGGUACCACCUCCUGAAUUACAUCUUUUGAUUGGAGUUGUAUCUACUUUAGGAUGUCUACUUAUGGAUAUUUGGCCUGAAUUUGAUGACUGGCUGAAAACUAAAAGUGUUCAUCAGAGAGGGUAUCAAGGUAGAGGUUGGGACGGAAAUAAUUCUAACAAGAUCCUGAAAAACCUGGAUGAACUUGAUAAAGUAGUGCAUCUCAGGUUCCUCAACUGAGACCUAUAAUUCAGUGUUUGAAAGACUUUAAAAUAGUAAAAGAUUCCUGUUUUGGUCAAAUUCUUUUGACAGAGUAUAAAAUGGCAUUUACUGUUUUUAAAAAUUCUUUCCUUUCUACCCAAGAGCUUGCACAGGCUCUAGGGAAAAAUUGUUCUUUAAGCUGGAAGUUUCACAUCUUGCUGUGUCAUGUUCAACCCUUUGUCGAACACCAUAACUGUGGUCUAGCUAAGUCUGCUGAACGGUGUGGAGAGGCUAUUCAUUCUAAAUUUAAACCUACCUGGAAUAGAUAUAAACGUGCAAAAGACCAUGCUCAACAUGGAGAACAGCUGUUAUCCUCUGUAAUAAAUUUCAAUGAAAGAAGACUUUAAUUUAUCUUUAACUUUGACAUGUUGCUUUCUAAAGUGCAGGAAAAUGAAUUAAUGUGUAUUUGGAUUGUGUAACAAAUAUAAAUUAAUAUUGUAAAUAUAUAUAUAUAUAUUUU